CGCCGCAGAAGAAGAAGAACUAAAGUUAUGUCCGGAAGUGUUUUUCUCACGCUGUGAAGCUGCUCCUCCGCAUCAAGCUCCUUUUACCUCAGAUUAAACGAUGAAGAAACAGGACACAGAGGAGGCUGCGUCUGCACAGACUGAGGACUGUCCAGCCUCAGCAGCAGAGACUGAGACGCCUGCGGUGGACGGUGUGGACGGUGUGGACGGCACCAGCCCCAAGGAUUCUGAAGAACCGACCCCACAGACGGACAGCCCCGCGCAGACGGACAGCCCCGCGCAGACGGACAGCCCCGCGCAGACGGACAGCCCCGCGCAGACGGACAGCCCCGCGCAGACGGACAGCCCCGCGCAGGCAGAGGACACUCCUGCAGAAGUGGCAGACGGCGCCUUGUCCCAGUGCGACAUGGCCGAGGAGCUGAGUCGGCAGCUGGAGGACAUCCUCAGCACCUACUGCAGAGAGUCCGACGACAGGCACAGCCCCCAGUUCAACGGGGUUAACGACGACAAGACGGACAAGCCGAGCGGGAAAGGAAACCGCGACGGAGACAAAGACCAGAAGAAGUCCCAGGACAAGAGAAAGGUCAAAGGUCUGGGUAAAGAAAUCACUCUCCUAAUGCAGACGCUGAACACGCUGAGCACGCCUGAGGAGAAGCUCGCGGGACUCUGUAAGAAGUACGCAGAACUAUUGGAGGAGCAUCGUAACACGGAGAAACAGAUGAAGGCGGUGCAGAAGAAGCAAACGCAGCUGGUGCAGGAGAAGGACCAUCUGAGGAACGAGCACAGUAAAGCCAUCCUCGCCCGGAGCAAACUGGAGAGUCUGUGUCGAGAGCUGCAGAGGCACAACCGAUCACUCAAGGAGGAGGGGAUAAAGAGAACACGUCUGGAGGAGGAGAAGAGGAAAGAGGUGACGUCACAUUUCCAGGUGACUCUGUACGACAUCCAGGCCCAGAUGGAACAACACGACGAACGCAACGCCAGCCUGAGACAAGAGAACGGCGAACUGGCCGAGAAGCUCAAGAAACUCUAUGAGCAGUACAAACUCAGAGAGGAGCACAUCGAGAAGGUGGUGAAGCACAAGGACCUUCAGCAGCAGCUCGUAGACGCCAAACUCCACCGAGCCCAGCAGCUCCUCACAGAGUCUGAGGAGAGACACGAGCGAGAGAAAGAGUUUCUGCUGAAAGAAGCGAUGGAGUCUCAGAGGAUGUGUGAACUGAUGAAGCAGCAGGAAGUGCACCUCAAACAACAGCUGUCACUUUACACAGAGAAGUUUGAGGAGUUUCAGACGACGUUGUCCAAAAGUAACGAGGUUUUUACGACGUUUAAACAGGAGAUGGAGAAGAUGACCAAAAAAAUCAAGAAACUGGAGAAGGAGACGGCCAUGUACAGGUCCAGGUGGGAGAGCAGCAACAAGGCUCUGCUGGAAAUGGCCGAGGAGAAAUCGGUGCAAGAUCGUGACUUUGAGGCUCUUCAGGGCAAAGUGCAGCGACUGGAGAAGCUGAGAAAGGCUCUGAAAAUCGAACGCAACGACCUGAACAAGAAGGUCCAGAGUCUGAGCGGAGAGCCGUGCGGAGAGGCGGAGCCCGACUCCCCGUCUCCUCCGCCCUCAGACUGUCUGCUGGAGGAGCCGGGUCUGGAGGAGCCGAGUCUCUGCUCACACUCCUGUCAAUGUGAACACGCCACCGGGACGCCACACGCCACCGGGACGCCACACGCCACCGGGACGCCACACGCCACCGGGACGCCGCCCGACACGAGCAACGAGCCGCUCACUCCACAUGAAUAACAAGAAGAAGAAGAAGAAGACGAGCUCGCACACUCUGUACAUCACCCACCAGCCGACAGCGCACGAGAGAGCCGCGA